CAGCGGCAGCGCUGCAGGCAGCACUGGCUUGCGCAGUUCCCGCGCGCGCGCUGCGCACCCAGGCCCACCCCGCGUCGAUGGAGCCCCGGUUGAGGCGGCGGCGGAGCCGCCAGCUAGUGGCCACCUUCCUGCGUGACCCGGGCUCAGGGCGCGUGUACCGGCGCGGGAAGCUGAUCGGCAAGGGCGCCUUCAGCCGCUGCUACAAGCUCACGGACAUGUCCACCAGCGCGGUGUUUGCUCUUAAGGUGGUGCCGAGGGGCGGAGCGGGGAGGCUGCGCCUGCGCGGGAAGGUGGAGCGUGAGAUCGCCCUGCACAGCCGCCUGCGCCACCGCAACAUCGUGGCCUUCCACGCACACUUUGCUGACCGCGACCACGUGUAUAUGGUGCUGGAGUACUGUAGCCGCCAGUCCUUGGCUCAUGUGCUGAAAGUGCGGCGGACCCUGACGGAGCCUGAAGUGCGCUACUACCUUCGGGGCCUGGUCAGUGGCCUCCGCUACCUGCACCAACAACGCAUCGUGCACAGGGACCUGAAACCCAGUAAUUUCUUCCUUAACAAGAACAUGGAAGUUAAGAUAGGUGACCUGGGGCUGGCUGCCCGUGUGGGGCCCGCUGGCCGCUGCCACAGGGUGCUCUGUGGGACUCCGAACUUCCAGGCUCCUGAAGUGGUGUCCCGAAAUGGACACUCGGCCAAGUCUGACAUCUGGGCCCUGGGGUGCAUUAUGUACACGGUGCUGACGGGCACGCCCCCCUUCGCUGCCGCACCCUUGUCCGAGAUGUACCAAAACAUCCGAGACGGUCACUACCUUGAGCCCACUCAGCUGUCACCCAGCGCCCGUAGCCUCAUUGCACGACUUCUGGCACCGGACCCUGAUGAGCGGCCCAGCCUGGACCACUUACUGCAAGAUGACUUUUUUAGUCAGGGCUUUACCCCAGAGCGGCUGCCUCCACAUUCCUGCCACAGCCCACCCGUGUUUGCCUUCCCCCCGCCACUGGGCAGGUUGUUCCGGAAGGUGGGCCAACUCCUGCUGACCCAGUGCCGGCCGCCCUGUCCCUUUACCUCAAAAGAGGCCUCAGGCCCGGGAGAAGAGAGCACAGAACCCGACCACAUGGAGGCCAGCAACGAGGAAGGGGCUCCUCUCUGCACCGAGAGCCGAAUCCACCUCCUCACUCUUGGAACCCCUCGGACUGACCCGGCCGAUGCGAAGGGGACCUUGGCCCUGCAGCUGGAGGUGGCAACCAGAAAACUGUGCCUCUGCUUGGAUGCAGGACCUGUGGGUAGGACGGCCACCCCAAAGUGCAGGACUGAGGCAGCCUGGAGGGGCCCUAAACCAGCUGGACAGGACCCCCCUGGGGAGCAGCGCUCUGUCCUCUGGGCUCCCAAGUGGGUGGAUUAUUCCCUCAAGUAUGGCUUCGGUUACCAGCUGUCGGAUGGGGGCAGUGGCGUGCUGUUUCGGGAUGGCUCCCACAUGGCCCUGCGCCCCCCAGGAGGCCAUGUCUCCUACCAACCUGACCAAGGGACUCUGUGGAUCUUCGCCCUGAGGGACGUCCCCGGCCCACUCCGCGCCAAGCUGGCCGUCCUGAGGCUCUUUGCCUGCUACAUGCAGCGGCGUCUGCGGGAGGAGGGGACAGCGCCCAUGACGGCCACACCCGCCUCUCCUGACUUCUGUCUGCUGAGCUUCACCGCUGAUGCCCAAGCUCUGGCCAUGCUCUUUAGCAAUGGGACAGUGCAGGUGCCUAUCCUGAGGGUGACCACUGGGGCUCACCUUGACCUUGGUCUCUCUCUCCCAGGUCAGUUCCAAAACCUCCCCACUCCAGCUGGUGCUGAGUGGGGAAGGCGAGGACUUUCUGCUCACCAUCCAGGAGCCAGGGGGACCCAGCAUGGGCACCUCCUACACGCUGGACGUCCUGCGGAGUCACGGCGUCAGCCUCGCGGUCCGCCACCACCUGCGCCUUGGACUGCAUCUGCUUCAGAGUGUCUAAGGAGCCGGAUGGAGGUUGGGGCGGACCUCUGCGUGAUGGUGCUGGUGUCUGUUUCCGUCUGCGCUCCUCCGCCACAGCCAGUGUCUGUGGAGGGUGGACACAUUGGGACCUCUGAUGGGUGGGCGUCUUUGAUUAUUUGACUACUCAAGGUAGACUUUUUUUGGAUUUUCAUUAAAGAAAACAGAACCCUUUAAACUGC